GAAGUUGAGAGGGUGUUUAAGAAAGCAAUAGAUACCCGCCCCUGCCUCUGAGUCCACCACUUGUGUCUCCGUUUACCAUUUUCCAUUCUUUUCCCUUCUCAUUCUCACUCAUUCCUUUUCGGGUAUGUAUGUUACCCUUCUUUCUCUCUGCUUCGUUCGUUCAUUCAACCAUCACAUUUCCAAUUAAUUAAUUCUCAAUCUUACUCCGCACCUUUUUUUCCAUUUCCCAAUGUUUCAACUUUCUUUCUUGUAAAUGUUAUCUUUUUAGCUCCUUUCUAAUUUUUCUAUUAAUUACGAUAUUUCAUUAGGAAAGAGUCAAUUUUGCUGCUGUCUUUGUUUUUUCCAUUUCCAGUCCAAUUUUAUGGAAAGCAGGAUUAUGUAAAGAGCAGAGUCAAAAUUGGGUUUCAUUCUUUGUAUUGGUUUAAUUAGACAUUGAAGUGUUCUUGUGGGGUUUCAUUUUUUCAUUACCCUUUGUUUCCAUGUAUUAGUACUUCUUGUUGUUUGUUAUUCUUGUUGUUGUUGUUGUUGUUCUUGUGUAUCAUUGGUUGCAAUCUACAAAUUGCAGUUAUUGGUCUUUGCAUCUUAAGGUGAAGAAACUAAAAACAGUAUGGAUAUUGAUGCGAUUUUGGGGACAAUUCGACCUGUGAGUGUGGCAAGGAAAAGUGCCAUUUAUGUGUGGGGGUACAAUCAAUCAGGGCAGACAGGGAGAAAGGGGAAAGAGGAUCAAUUGAGGAUUCCAAAACAGCUUCCUCCUGAGCUGUUUGGAAGUCCAGCAGGCAUCAAUGCGCGCUGGUUCGAUGUUGCCUGUGGUCGGGAACAUACGGCAGCAACAGCCUCUGAUGGCUCACUCUUUACUUGGGGGGCUAAUGACUUUGGUCAAUUGGGUGAUGGAACUGAGGAACGAAGGAAACAUCCAAAAAAAGUAAAGCAAUUAGAGUCAGAAUUUGUAAAAUCUGUAUCCUGUGGAGCACAGUGUUCUGCUUGCAUUGCAGAACCUCGUGAAAAUGAUGGUACCGUCUCCACUAGAAGGCUAUGGGUGUGGGGGCAAAAUCAGGGAUCGAAUCUCCCUAGGUUGUUUUGGGGGGCCUUCAAACCUAAUACAAUUAUUCAUGAAGUGUCUUGUGGAGCUGUUCAUGUGGUUGCUUUGUCUGAGGAAGGCUUACUACAAGCUUGGGGCUACAAUGAAUAUGGUCAACUUGGCCGAGGGGUUACUUGUGAAGGACUACAGGGGGCUCGGAUUAUAAGUUCUUAUGCUAAGUUCCUUGAUGAAGCCCCCGAGCUUGUGAAGAUUACCAAAGUGUCAUGCGGGGAGUACCACACAGCAGCCAUUUCUGAUAAGUGCGAGGUUUACACUUGGGGGUUGGGAAGUAUGGGCCAGCUUGGGCAUUCUUCACUCCAGUAUGGGGAGAAAGAGUUAAUCCCAAGGAGGGUGGUUACCCUUGAUGGUAUUGUCAUAAAAGACGUGGCGUGCGGUGGUGUACACACAUGUGCUGUAACUCAGGGAGGAGCACUUUAUGCUUGGGGUGGCGGUCAGUCUGGGCAGCUAGGUCUUGGCCCCCAAACUGGAUUGUUUUCAUGUGUUGCGAAUGACUCUCAGACAUUUUUCCGAAACAUUCCAGUUUUAGUUGUUCCCAAAGGUGUGCAACUUGUUGCAUGUGGACAUUCUCACACUCUUAUCUCUAUGAGUGAUGGUCGAAUACAUGGUUGGGGUUACAAUAGUUAUGGCCAGGCAGCCAAUGAGAAAUCUACAUAUGCUUGGUAUCCAUCACCGGUUGACUGGUGUGUUGGUGAGGUUCGGAAACUAGCUGCUGGUGGUGGUCAUUCAGCUGUGUUAACUGAUGCUUGUUCGUUAAAGGAAUUAUGUGAGUUUGUGCUUGCAGAUAGUAUGACUUUAUCUAAUGCUGCUAAGGUUGAGGAUGUUGCAUAUAGAACUGGAUCAGAUGCUUUAGCACGCCUCUGCGGAAGACUCAGAGAGUAUAUGCUUGCUGGUGGAGCUCUUGAUCAAAAGGAAGAAAUGAACAGUAAAAUUUGACGAAGCAUAUAAAGUUAGCAUCAGUAAUUGUUUAUGUAUAUUCAUUUAAUUUAAUACAUGUAUUCAUAACUGGAACGCCAUUAUUAUUUGAAUAAAAGCAAUCAUAUGCUGUAGACUCGAAAGCAAUCACUUAUUAAAUAGACAAUGAAUUUGUCCCUAUUGAAUCA